UCUAUACUAGUUUUGUGGUCUCGGUCCCUUUAAGAACCGCCGUUACAUCAUCGCGCUGACGCAUCUGUCUCGUUUCUGCAGGACUCGUGCGCGCUCAUCAGCCGCAUCCGUACAUCUACACCUACACACAAGCCUUAAAACAUGAUGUCGCGCGCAUCACUAGCCCGCGCACAGGGCCACCUCACAUCCCCAAACAAACUUCAGUGGAAUACUGCAGUGCAGCGUUGACGGUAAAUAACAGGAUGUACUAGAUAUUUGUCCUCCUUGUAUCUCUGGAGACACUGUGAAAGGCAGUACAAACCCAUGUCCCUCUCUUCUAGCAGAAGGCCAUCUGCUGGUUCUCGCAGGUCUGCGGCCCCGAGCGGCACUCGACACUCGCACGGGGACUCGUCUGUCCGAAGCAGUUACUCAACAACACCCUGCAAAUGCACAGAGAGCAGUACUGCACCACGUUCAAACCCAGCCACACCACGACGGCAAACAAAGUAUGCAGCCUGUAGUGAGAAUCACGGGAUCCGUCCACCGGCACCCGAACAGUAUCUCACCCCUCUACAGCAGAAGGAAGUGUGUAUUCGUCACUUACGAGCUCGGCUGAAAGAAAAUGUGGAGAGGCUUCAGGACCGAGACUCUGAGGUCGAGGAAUUAAGGAUGCGACUGACUCAAAUGCAGGAGGAUUGGAUUGAGGAGGAAUGUCAUCGCAUAGAGGCCCAGCUGGCCCUGAAAGAGGCUCGGAAGGAGAUCCGGCAGCUUCAGCAGGCCGUGGACACAGUUAGGUCCAAUCUAGAGUCAGAGCAACAGGACUGUAAGUCUGAAAGUUUAGGUGCAGGUAAGAUAGGGCCACGAAUUGGGGCAUCUAGGUCUUGUGGCUGUUCUCCGGCCCAUACCAUGAAUCGCAGUGCCACUUUCACCAGGCUUAGUAGCGAGACGUCACCCGGCACCACGGACCGUAAUGGAAACGUGCAUUCCAAACACUACAUUCCCGCCAACAGAGGCGCGAUGACGUUACCUAGAGGUGACGGUCGCACUCAUCUUCUUCUGGAAGCGGCUCUGCUGCCUGAGCAUCUUCCACAUGCACAAAUAUGCUCGGCUUUGUCGCGAUCCUCCACCUGCGAGAGGUUGUGCGGCGGAGAGGCGAUACUGCCGGUUAGUCGAUCUUGCCAUGCCGUGAACAACAACUGCAGCUGUGGCCCACAUACCUACCUCCCACAUCACCAUCUGUUUUUGCACCUCCCACAGGAGGAAGCACCUCCUCCUCCUUCCCCACCUCCAGCGCCCCCUAGUGCAUCAGAGGUAGGUGACAGGCCAGGGUACCGUUCACAAGCAUGCAGUCCCACCAUAACCUGGAUUUCUGAAGAGGGUGAUGCUGAGCCGCAGGUAUUUUCGCCCCCAUCUGCCGCUGCUUCGCCUGCUCAGAUGUCGUUCAUCACAGAACCUUUGCCGCUUGACAGCGUAGCUGAAUUUACAUCAUCGACAACAACGCCUACAGUGUUGACCAUACCACAAGUUCAUCAGCCUUGCCCCCGAGCUUCACCACUUUCAGAGGAAGCCGGUGAUGAAGAUGGAACGGGUGGAGCUUCUGCCCCGGAGGAGGAGUCAGAAUUCGCUUCUCCUCAGAUGAGCCAUUGGAGUCGUUACUUCCUAAUCGAUCUGUUAGCUGUGGCUGUACCUGUAGUGCCCACGGUGGCAUGGCUUUGCAGAGGGUCAAGGAACGAAGGCGUGCCCAUGUACAACAUGAGCUCCCUGCUGCGCGGCUGCUGUGCCGUUGCAUUGCACUCUUUAAGGCGGGCUGGCAGCAGAUGCGAUCAUGACCCCUCGGGAACAGGAAGAGCAAAACCUAUUUGAAAACUUAACAACAUCAAAAAGAUAAUUAACUUCAACUUGGGUUGACUCUUUGUUCUUGGUCUCGGCUAAAUAAUAUUUUCGAGUCAAGUAGGUCUUAAUCCAUUAUACUAAUGCUUGUUUGGGACAAUGAUCGAGGGUACCUUAUUUGCACAGACAUUCGCUUGUUUGCUCUUGCUCAUUUCCACCAUUUGUUUUCUCUUUUCCUUUUGGCUCUUUUCUUAUCUGCAUAAUUUCCUCUCAUUCUAGGCUGAAACCGAGUUGGCAAUACGUAGUCAAGCAGCAAUAAGUUACAUGCAGAGCAGAGAACGUACAGAUAGUUAAAACCGAUGGGGAACAAGUUUAGGGAUGUUCACUUCAGUUAAUUCUUUUGACCGACAGCCGCAGCUGGUUACCCGAAUUUUAACCGUUAACUGAUAAGAUUUUAAAAUUAAAUUGUAAGAAUAUAGUUGACUGUUGUCUGUGACUAAGUAAAAACAAUACAAACAUUUUAUUUAACUUGACUUCUUAUACAAAUGACUAUUUUACCAGACCGUCAGGGCAGCAAUAAUUCACGUCAUUUACAAAUUAAGGAUAGAAAAGUGAAAUGUCUGUAGGCAUGUGUCGACAUGCACUGUGUGUUAACAAAUAUUUUUUUCUUUUACUGAUAAUAUUAAUUGGUCUUAAAUUCUUACAUUUGGUUAACCUGUCAAUAUGAACAUCCCUAAUCAAAUUAAAUAAACUCCUUUAAAAUAAGUAAGGGUUCUGUCUAGGGAUGCACUGAUACAAAACUGCAAUUCAAAAUAAUAACACAGCAUGAACAUCCUCCACUUUUGUUUGUCAGGAUAUAAUCUGCCCUGAUCAUCGGCUGUUUAUUACGGAGCCCCUAAGGGGACAUGGAGCAAAAAUUAAGUAAAGUUUAGUUUUGCGUGCGCACAUGAAACUAUCGCGUUUAGUUUCACGUGAGCACGCGAAACUAAACUUAAAAAUAAUUCUGCACAUGAAGGUUUUGCGUGAGCACAUGAAACUAAACUUUAGAUUUUUUUACUCCAAUGUCACCUUAGGGGCUAUAAGCUUGUUAAUUCAUGAGUAAAGAAUACUGUUUCAGAGUCCAAGCCUCCACUCGUUUCAAUAGAGGAUAUUAUUUAAACAUCCGUUUAUGAGCACCAUUUAUUCAUAUUACACAUUUACGCGAAAAAUAUAUAAACUGUACACUGCAGUCUCCAGGCUCACAACAGCAAUAUAUUAAUAAUUUGUACAAAAAUUCAUUUUCAUUAGUCCAUAACUCCAUGUUUGGUCAUCUCAGAUAUUGUUAUAGAGAUAAAAGUAAGGAUCUGGUGUUUUUGUGAUACACUGCAAACAUCUUACUUGGUAUUUUUGUCUUGAUUUCAGUAGAAAUAUCUAAAAAUUCUUAAAUUAAGAUCCAUUUUCUUGAUGAGCAAAAUGACCUAAGAAA